AUGCAAGCUUCCUACUCACAGUCUCAUGAGAUCUUUGGUGGUGCUUCUGAAAUUGAAUAUCAUCAAAUUUAUCGAGAAGGUUUAUACUCUACCUUAUCAAACUUAAGUCUUCUCUUACCCUUACUUUUAUGUUGCCUACCCAUCAUUUAUCAGAUAUUUUACCGUUUAGAUCUCAAGCUCGUGCCUUUCACCGAGCUUCUCUGGAAACUGCUUGUCUUCUUGACACCGUCGCGACUUCUCAAUGUUGUGGGAGACUUCUGGGCUUCACACAGCACAAAAAACGCUAUUAGUAUAGAAAGUAAAAACAACCGUACUGCUAAAAGCAAUAUAAUGCGUCGCAUAUUCAGUAUGGAUAGACCCGGAAACCACAUUGAUUCAGUCGUACAAGCUGGAAGAAAGAUAUCAGGAAUGAAUUUUGCAACGCAAGAGCAUGAUGAUAGACCUGCGGGACUAGGUAAUUGGGACAACUCAUGCUAUCAAAACAGCAUUCUCCAAGGAUUAGCAUCACUAAAGUCUCUGUACAAUCACCUCUCCACCCCAGUAAUGGAACUAAGUGAUUCUACAAUAAAACUAGAGACAGAUUCGGGCUUAAGAAUGGUAGAAGCAUUACGCAACCUACUUGGAAAAUUAAAUAACCAGUCAAAUAACGGGAAGAGGAUCUGGACGCCAGACACCUUGAAAAAUAUGAGUAGUUGGCAACAGCAGGAUGCGCAGGAGUACUUUUCUAAAAUUUUGGAUGAAGUAGAUAGAGAGAUGAGAACUAAAGCGGAUUACAAUUAUGAAGGAUUCAAGUUAGGCCCUUUAGAAAUUACUGAGCCACGGACACCACUGCUCGAAAAUUUCAGAAAUCCAUUGGAGGGCUUGAUUGCUCAGCGAGUUGGAUGCACCGAAUGCGGUUAUUCAGAAGGGCUUUUUCUAAUUCCUUUCAAUUGCUUAACAUUGCCACUCAAUCAAUCCACGAAUCAAAGUAUUUCACAAUGCCUAGAUGAGUAUUCUAAACUUGAACUGAUUGAGGGUGUGAACUGUGGAAAGUGUACAUUAAUCAAUGCUCAAAAAGUGCUCUCCAAGUUCAAGGAGGGUAUGGAUCAUGCUGCUGAGAACAGUCCUAUUCGUGAACAGGUCGAAAAGAGGCUUCAAGCUACUACUGAGGCCCUUGAAACAGAUAUGUAUGAAGACAAGAACCUGCAGAAUAAUUGCAAGAUAACCAACAAAAACUGGGUUGCAUCAACUAAAUCACGGCAAGCGGUUAUUGCCCGUCCUCCAAAAUCACUAGUCAUUCAUUUCAACCGUAGUUUAUAUGAUGACAUGACUGGUGGGUUCAAAAAAAAUUGUUCGCAGGUUCGAUUUCCAAAAAUACUAGAUCUUGGCCCUUGGUGUCUUGGAAGUGCUGGUAAAGGCAGUGAUAUUUUGACCGAAGAAUGGAUUUUAGAACCAGAAGAGCCCAUGAUUGCAGGGUCUACGAAGCACUCAAGACAAAAAGGUCCAAUUUUUGAGUUACGAGCCGUUAUUACACACUACGGGCGACACGAAAAUGGACACUAUGUCUGCUACAAAAUUCACCCACCCGUUUGGAGUCCUAAUAACAUUGAGAAACGACAACAGUGGUGGCGAUUGAGUGACGAUGAAGUGGUAAAGGUUAGCGAAGAAGAUGUUUUGGCUCAGGGAGGUGUAUUUAUGCUGUUCUAUGAACGUAUCGAUCUUCCACCAUCCGCAACUGAAUCUUUUCAAAUGUCAAACUUGGGAAAUACGAAAGAAGAAUCUUCAACCACGAAGCACUCUGCUUCCUACUCUGAAUCCUCAAUUUUAGCUCCUAUAGAAGAAAGAAUAAGGCGAAAUUCCCUCGAACUAAAGCCAACUACUUGUUCUUCAAGUGAUAAAAACUUGCGUUUAGGGCUACAAGAACCUUCCUCGAGUAAUGGACAAAACAAAAUUGGGAAUGACACUGGCCUGAACCACGAGGUAAACUACGGCGAAGAAACACAACCCGAUUUCAAGACAAAAAAUUCAGUCGCCGCCUUACAGGAGUCAUGGGAUAUCAAUGGGAUAGAUGCUAGUAGAGCUGAUGAACGAAACCAAAAGGAUAUUCCAACAAGAUCUUUUGUCAUGGUGUAG